CCGCGCCGCGCAGUGCGUGCGACUUUGCUGGGUACACUGGGCGAAAUGGAGGCCAGCCAGCUAGACCUUUUGCGGACUGACGAGCUGGACAUUGCUCUUCGGCUGAGCUAUCUCAAGCACUACCACGGCGGCGGGGCAGGGGCGGCAGAAGGAGGGGCGGGGUCCGCGGUUAACGACAAGGAGGCUCGCCGGAAGGAGAAGAAAAAGCUCAAGGACUUGAAGGUGCAGAAGGCGAAGGAAGCAAAGAAAAACGCCGCGGCUGCUCCGGCCAGCAAGAAGGACAAGGUCGUCGGCAAUUCGGCCACGGCGACGGCGGAGGUUGAUGUGAAUACCCCUGUGGAGCUGUCUUCUCUCGUGUCUUCGACCGAUCUGCCUUUGCGAGAAGGAGAGGAGCAGGACAAGCGGGAGCGUUUCUACCUCACGACGGCGAUCAACUACACCAAUGGGGAGCCGCACAUCGGCCAUGCCUACGAGGCGAUCGCCUCCGACGUUUUGUCGCGGUAUCAGCGUAUGAGCGGAAAGAGGGUCAUCUUCCAGACCGGCUCCGAUGAGCACGGGCAAAAGAUUGCCAACACGGCCGCGAAACUGGGGUUGCAACCCAUUGACAUCUGCGACAAGUAUGCGGGCAAGUUCCAAGAACUGAACAAGAGGCUGCUGAUAUCGAACGACUUGUACAUGCGAACGACGUCGGCCCUGCACAAGGAGACCAGCCAGAGGUUGUGGCAGAUCUGUGCCGACGCGGGCGACAUCUUCCUGGGCAAGUAUGAGGGUUGGUACGACGAACGGGAGGAGAAGUACGUUACCGAUAGCGACGCAGAGCUUGCCGACUUCAAGGAUGCCUUUGGAUCCCCCUUGAAGCGCAUGAGCGAGGCCUCUUACUUCUUCAAGAUGGGCAAGUACAUCGAGUGGCUGAUCCAUUACAUCACGGACAACCCGUCCUUCAUUCAGCCGGAGACACACCGCCUUAACAUCCUCACACGCCUCCAGAACGGACACCAGAAUGACCUGAGCGUGUCUAGAACAACCUUCAAGCACGGAAUCCCCGUCCCAGUAGGCUUCGACCAGGCUCACGUGAUGUACGUGUGGUUCGAUGCUUUAACGAACUACCUCUCAGGGAUUCACGCUCUGGACUCGGACAACCCCAUGUCCGCGUUCUGGCCGGCGUCGGUGCACGUGAUCGGGAAGGACAUCACAUGGUUCCACUGCGUGAUCUGGCCUUGCAUCCUCAAGAGCGCCGGCCUGGCCUUGCCCAAGACCGUCUACGCCCACGGUUUCGUGGCGGCUGCCGACGGACGCAAGAUGAGCAAGAGCCUAGGCAACGUCAUCGACCCCCACGAUAUCUGUGACCAGUACGCGGUGGACACGUUCCGGUGGUACAUCUGUCGCGAGGCUAUCUUUGGGUGCGACCUGUCCUUCAGCAAGAGGGCUCUCGUUCUCGCCCACAACUCGGAGCUGUGCAACACCUUCGGCAACCUUGUGCACCGCUCCCUCUCGCUCAUGCACAAGUACAACAACGGGAAUGUGCCGGAGCGACAGCUAGGGUUCGAUUUCUUCCCGUUCGACUUUGCUGCCACGAGAAGACACGUGGAUGCCGCCAUGACGAACUACGCUCUGCAGGAUGCUUGCGCGGUGGCUAUGGAGGCCCUCCGAGAAACCAACAAGUUCCUUCAGGAGUCUGAGCCAUGGAUGAGGAAGGGCGACGAGGACAGGCCGUACCGGUUAGAGUGCGUCAGGGUUUGCCUCGAGGCGGUGUACUGCGUGGCUCACUUGUUGGUGGCGUUCUUGCCCACCGCUUGCACACGCGUCUUCGAGAAGUUAGGCCUUCCGCCAGUACCAAUCGCCUCUCUCAAGCCCGACUUCAGCAACAUCCCUGCUGGGACCAAAGUCACCGUGGGAUCCAUUCUCUUCGGAAUGCUGGACCUGCCCGAUGAAGUUGCCGCAAUUCCUGCCGCUCCGGGCGGUGCGGGCGAGCAGCUGCAGACUCAGAAGGCGGCGAAGCCGGCGGCGGUAGUGGUGGCCAAUGGCGGCGGCAGCGGCGGUGCAGGGGGGCAGGAGGCUGAGGGGGACCCCUUUUCGAGGAUUGAGAUCAAAGUGGGCAGGAUCACGAAGGCAAUCUUGGUGUGGAACCACGAGAGUAAAGAGCACCUGUACUGCGAGGAGAUCGAUGUGGGAGAGGGGGAGCCGAGAGCCAUCGCUAGCGGUCUGAGAGAACACUGCACUCCGGAGGAAAUGCAGGGAAGGCUGGUGCUGGUCGUGUGCAACUUGAAACCGGCCAAGUUUGCCGGGUUUGCGUCGAACGGAAUGGUGCUUGCGGCCAAGUCUGCGGAUGGGAAGGUGGAACUUGUACGACCCCCCGAAGGGUCUGUGGUAGGAGAGAGGGCUCGAGUCGAGGGAUCGGAGGGGGAGCCUUUGACGCCAGCUCAGGUGAAGAAGAAGAAGGCGUUCGAAGAGCUGGCCAAGCACCUCCGAACAGAUAACGACAAGGUGGCCACAUAUCAGGGGAAGCCCAUCACCACUUCCGGUGGCGCGUGCACGGCAGAUACCGUGGCUGGGGGCGAGCUCUCUUGAGCAUCCAUCCGGUCUAUUUUAGGGGGAUCCAAUGCAUACCUUGUUUUGAGCAUAUGUGUGACCUGUCUUGAUCGAAGGAACGCCGUGUAGCUGUCGGUUGGUGUAGCUGUCGGUUGGUGCUGUCGUCGGUCGGUGCUGUCGUCGGUCGGCAUUGUUUCAUUUGAUCUGAUUUGAUUUUAUUUGUUCUAUCGAUCGUUCAUUUUCUUGUGGGUGUGUUUCGGUGCACAGCACACGGCAAACUGGACGUGUCUCGACUGCGACGAAUGAAAAGAUUGCUCGAAGUUUUGCGUCCUUGUUGUGGGUGUCGCCGUGUUGAAGUUGGCAUGCUAGCGUGAUUGUGUUUUUACAGCAGCAGGAUACUUUUCAGUUGAUUCAAGUAUUAUGUCGUGACAUUGCCCGCCUUCCCUGGUGCAAGGGGAGGAGAUUCGAAGAGCCGAGAUCGAACAAACAAACUAGUAGGAACAUUGUCCCAAAAAAAUCUGGAUGUUCGCCGUUGCAUGUAGCUGACACCCACCGGCAAGGAUUCCGGCCAGCCAGAUUUCAGCGGUACUGUAUUUGUUAACCAAAAGGACUGCUGGCACUAUUUGUCUAACGAUUGCCUUUCGCGGGGUUUUUCACCUCUCCUCUUUCUUGUCUUUGAUGUACAGUAGUAGAGCAUAUCGCAUCUUUGACGGCGGCGGCACCGCUGUUGUUGUCCUCAGGUGUCACGAAAGGAACUGCGUUUGUUCG